AUGCGCCGCGAUCGACGGGCGGGCGGCGCGUCCCAGCCCGCAGUCGCUUGUGAUGCCGCGCGGAUGGGAGGCGCUCGGGGCGAGGCGCGCGUCGCCGACGACUCGGACUUCGAGACCCUGAAGCGGCUCCUCGCCUCCGAUGAGGGCUGGAGCCUGGAGUACGAGCGCGACGGCGUCAAGGUCUGGGCGGAGGACGCCGCGCACGGCGCGCUGCGCACCGUUAAGGUGGUCGCCAAGUUCGAGGAUGUGGAGCCAGACGCGCUGUACGACGUUCUCCACGACCCCGAGUACCGGUCCGUGUGGGACACUCACAUGCUGGCGGCCGAGGACGCCGGCCACAUCAACGUCAACAACGACGUGGGAUACUACGCAAUGUCCUGCCCUGCACCACUCAAAAACCGGGAUUUUGUUUUACAACGCUCCUGGCUUGAUACCGGUGAUGAGAAGAUGAUCCUAAACCACUCUGUUUACCACAAGGACUACCCACCCAGGAAAGGAUUUGUCAGGCGUUAUAGUCAAAAGUUCGAGUUUGAAAUUAUAACAACAAUAUUUUUACACUUACUGAAGGCGGUCUCACUACUAACUGGUUUCGUGGUGAGGGUAAGCAAAGUGAAGGGCAGCUGGUUGGGUUAUGUGUCGCGCUCUGACCCUCGCGGAGCGCUGCCUGCCUGGCUGGUGAACCGGGUUACCGCACAACUGGCUCCCCGCCUCGUUCACCAACUUCAAGCGGCAGCUAGACGAUAUCCGGGUUGGAAAGCACUGACAGAUUCUCCGUACUACAAGCCUUGGAGGCAUCCUGAGCAAGUUCCGCCUUACAGGAUCUCGUUGGCAGAUUGCAUAGAUCCCGAUGCGCCACCUCCGCCACCGGAACCGAAGCCUAAUACUUCGAAAGUCAAGCUGGAGGUGCCACAACCACAACCCAAGGAGAUAGAAAGCCACAGCAUAGAAGACUUAGGAGACAUAUCAUCUGAAUUCAGCGUAGAAGUAGAAGAAGAUGCGUUAGAUCAUACACAGGAUCCAACAAAAAAGAAAGGAAAAUUUUACAGAUUAGUGAAAUCGAUGAAGAACAGAAGGAAAAGCGUGCAAGUUGCCAAAAGUGUCGACAACUUAAUAGAUGGAAAACCUCCUGAAGAGAAACAAGAAAAGAAGAAACCUUUCAAAUUCCAUCGUAGAUUUAGUCUAAGCAGAGGGAGGGAGGAU